AUGUCCGAAAUCGUGCCGUCGCCAUCGUCUGAAGGCGGUGGACCCAUGGGGCGCCUCCCCCCGCGCCCCGGUGGUGGGUCUACUAUCACGUCCCCCUCGGGCCGCACCAAGCACCUGCCUCCCGCUACGCCGCCACCGCCGGUGCCGCCCAACGCGGCGCCCUUUGGCCGCAUGGGCGGCCGCGGCCUGCCGAGCCUGCCGCCGACCCCAGUAAACGGCGGCCCCCUGCCGACCGGCGGCAGCGCCAUCCUCCCGGGCGGCCGCGGCCCGCCGCCCAUGCCGCCCCGCCAGGCCCAGCCGGGAAUCACCCGCUCGGCCACCACCGGCCUCCUGGUCCACUCGGCCUCGGUCAAUACCGGCGGCAGCGUGAGCGGCGGCUUCGCGAGCACUCCGCAGCAGUCGCAGGCCAUGUUCGGCGGCGCGGCCGGCGGCGCGAUGGGCGCCGGCGAGCUCCAGGAGCUGGGCGAGCUGCUGGGUGGCGUGCCCACCCCGCCGGGCAGCAACGGAGGCUCGAUGGACGAAUCGCCGUCGUCGACCACGGCGUCCCCGACGGGCAGCCUCAGCUCGGCGGCGUCGCGCAAGCGGCCGCCGCCACCGCCGCCGCGCGGCAUCAGCCCGUUGGCAUCGUCGGCAUCCGCAAUGUCGCCUCCCUCCCUGUCCUCCCCCCGCCACUCGGCGCGCUCGCCGUUGAGUGCGUCGGCGGAGAGCAUCACCGAACUGACUCCCGACGCGGAGUCCGGGGCCUCCCAGUCGCCCUCGGAGCUCCUCUCCUCCUCCGCGUCGGCCAUCGGCGUACCAGUCGGACCGGGCCACAAGCUGGACGACGAUCCCCACCGCGCCAAUAUCGUGCAGGAGAUUCUGAGUACCGAGAAGGCCUACGUGUCACAGAUCUCGCUGCUGAUCAAGAAUUACAAGGGACCCUUGAACACUCUGGCGAUGACCAAUUCGGAUCUGGUCAAGCAGGAGGACAUCAAGGUCAUGUUCUCCAAUAUUCACUUGAUCCUUCCCCUCAACCAAACCAUGUUGAAGGACCUCCAGGCCCGCAUCGACACGUGGUCUCCCAAGCAAAAGCUGGGCGACGUGUUCGUUCAGCUGGGUCCGUUCCUUAAGAUGUACAACGAGUACGGUAACAACUACAAGCAGGCACUGGCCCUCUACAACCACUACGUAGCCACGUGCCCCAAGUUCGUCGAAACGAUCAACCUGUGCAAGCUGACCUGCAAGCCACCCAUGAACCUCGAGUCGCUGCUCAUUACCCCCGAUUUGAUCAAGAACACGGACGCGACGCACCCUGACUACGACGAUCUGUGCAAGGCCCUCGCCCUCAUGAAGGACGUGUCGCAACACAUUAACGAGAGUGUCAAGAAGACAGACAAUCUGCGCAAGCUCGCCGAGGCCUCGUCCAAGGGCGCCGGCUUCAGAGGCCUGAUGGAAGCCCAUCGGCAACUGAUACGCGACGGACUGCUCCAGACCGUAGACUCGCGAGGGCACAAGGAGAAGAUGCACUUCUUCCUGUUCAACGACAUCCUGGUGUUCGCCAACAAGAACGACGUCAAGAAGCAGACCGACAUGACCAAGCUGAGCUCCCAGUGGCCUCUCGAACUCGUUUGGCUGGGCAAGACGACGGGUACGGCGAACAAGGGCGAGGUGGUGUGGGAACUGGUGGGUCCGAACACGAGCUUCACCAUCACCUGCCAACCGGACGAGAUGACCCAGUGGACCACCGCCAUCCAGAAGCUGCUCGCCGAGCGUAGCCUCGCGCCGGACUACCGCGAGGGCGCCUACGACUUUGGAGUGGCCACCUACGUGGGCCAAUGGAUGACCGGCAAGAUCCACGGGCAGGGCCGGUACUGCUACUUCGGCAACGAGUACGAGGGCGGCUUCGAGAACGGCAACAAGUCCGGGCAGGGCGUGCUCGUGUUCAACACCGGCGACGUCUACGAGGGCACCUGGGCCAACGACAUGCAGAGUGGCCAGGGCUCGUUGAGGUACUCCUGCGGUUCGCGCUACGUCGGCGAGUGGGUCAACGGCAAGAAGCAGGGCCUGGGCGAGUUCGUGUGGGCCAGCGGUGACCGGUACACGGGGAGUUGGAAGGAGGACCUCUUCUCCGGCGCCGGCAAACUCACCCUCUCCGCGGGCGUCUCCUACGACGGCUCGUGGCAGCUCGGCAAGUUCCACGGCAAGGGCACGCUGAUCUUGCCCAGCGGGAAGACCUACAUGGGCGAGUGGGUCAACGGUCAGAAGGAGGGCCACGGCGUGCUCGACACCGGCCACGGCGAACGCUACGAGGGUGUCUGGAAGGCCAACAAGAAACACGGACUGGGCACGUUCGUGGCGCCGGACUCGUGGGGCGUGCGCUACAUCGGCAACUGGGCGCUGGGCAAGAAGGAGGGCCAGGGCACGAUGUUCUACAUGGACAAUUCCAAGUACGAGGGCCAGUGGAAGGCCGACGUGCCGCACGGCAAGGGCACGCUGACCCUCAGCACGGGCGACAUCUACGCGGGCGCCUUCAAGAACGGAAAACCGGCGGGCACGGGCCAGUACACGCACGUGACCAGUUCGGUGAUCCACCAGGGCAAGUUCGCGAUGGGCAUCAAGGACGGCAAGUGCACCAUCACGCGACUCGUGAGCGAGCAGGAGAAGGCCGAGGCGCUCAAGUACCCGCCCAUGGACAAGCUCGUCGGCACCGUGGUCGACGGCCGAGUCACCUGCACCAACGCCGCCGGCGACCACACGGUGGAGGUGAUCAUGCCGCCACCAAUGCCCAACCUGGACAUGUUCUAA